CGCGUGAUAGCGACAACAUACUCCAAGGAAAGGUACACAUGCCCAAACGCAAGGUGCAUUUCAAUACACCACUUGCAAAACAUCGUGAAUAAUGAGGGGAUUGUAGCCUGAAGCAACAGGUUGAACUUGGCACCAGUGCUGUGCGCUCUCGAAAGCUCGUGGAUAAUUUACAGAUAAUAACCUGCCUCUAACAAAACAUUUCUAAGAUGUCUCCGUUACUGUGUGGAUGCGCACAAUUAUUGAUGCUCUUGUGGAGGUGCUUCAUCGUGGUUGAUGCUAUGUCGGCCAAUUUUACGGUUGACAACGAAAUUCAUUCAAGUUUCAUCCAGCGCCGUCUGCGGAGCCACGAGCGCAAAGACAUGCAGCGGGAGAUUCUCUCCAUCCUUGGGUUACCGCACCGACCCCGGCCAAACCUCUACGAGAAGCACACCGCUGCCCCAAUGUUCAUGUUGGAUUUGUACAAGGCGAUUUCGACAGGCGAGGACGAGCUUGGUGGCUUCUCGUACCCAUACGGCCCCGUCUUCACGACACCAGAUCCUCCCAGACAGACUCCUCAAGACAGCCGCUUUCUCAACGAUGCCGACAUGGUUAUGAGUUUUGUCAACUUGGUGGAGCCUGAUCUGGAGGUCCUCCCUGGCCCAAGGCACCAGAGGGAGUUCCGUUUUGACCUGUCCCGCAUCCCUGAAGGCGAGGCCGUCACAGCAGCUGAGUUCCGCAUCUACAAGAAUUUCGUCCAGGAACGCUACGAGAACGAGACCUUCCGCGUCAGUGUCUAUCAGGUGUUACACCGACACCCAGACAGUGAGGUGGAUCUCUUCAUGCUGGACUCGCGGGUGGUUUGGGCAGCGGAGGAGGGGUGGCUGGUGUUUGACGUCACCGUGACCAGCAACCUAUGGGUCCUGCACCCAGGCCAGAACCUGGGCCUGCAGCUGGUCUUAGAGGGGAUGGAGGGCCAGACUGUGAACUUGCGCAGUGCAGGCCUUGUGGGCAGCAGCGGACCCCGCAACAAGCAGCCCUUCAUGGUGGCCUUCUUCAAGGCCACAGAGGUGCACCUCCGGGGUGUGCGCUCCGCCUCGGGCCACAAGCAGCGCCACGGCAACCGCUCCAAGGGCCACAAGGCCUCGACCUCCAGCUCCAGCUCUGGCUCCAGUGCCAGUGGCAGCCAGGAGGCUCUGAGACUCGCCGAGGCUGCCGCAGCGGAGAGCCUGAGUCCUGAUCAGAAACAGGGCUGCAAGAAGCACGAGCUCUAUGUCAGUUUCAGAGACCUGGGGUGGCAGGACUGGAUCAUCGCUCCAGAGGGCUACGCAGCGUAUUACUGCGAUGGAGAGUGCGCAUUCCCCCUCAACUCCUACAUGAACGCCACAAAUCACGCCAUAGUGCAAACACUGGUUCACUUUAUAAACCCAGACACAGUGCCGAAACCCUGCUGUGCUCCUACCCAGCUCCACGGUAUCUCCGUGCUCUACUUUGACGACAGCUCCAACGUCAUCCUCAAGAAGUACCGCAACAUGGUGGUCAGGGCCUGUGGAUGUCACUGACACCACCACUUCCUCCUCUUCUUCCUCUUUCCCAUGAUGCAUCAUUGCCAGAUAGGUGGCAAGAGGGACACCGGUGUCUGGAACAGGAGAGGAUUUUUUCAGGUGCCAUUUUUUGAUGAACUCUGUGUAGUUUAAAAAAAAAAAAAAACCCCAACAACAUGCUGCACAUCGAGUACCAGCCUGCAAAGAUGAGCACAACAGGGUAUUGAACAGGAUGUGCAUUGUGCUGUGGUUCCCACAGAAGAAAGUGGAGUCCGUCUGUUAUAAGUUGGAUGCGGACGUAUAACCGCAGUGGCGCAAUUUUUUUGGACAGUGGUGGUCCAGUGCUGGCCCUGUUCUCCUGGACCCUUCUGUACACUCCUGCUGAUGCAUUAGUACUGCCCUGAAAGGGAAUCUCUCAUCCCAGAAGGAACAGCUGUCCCUGAUUAUUUUAGGAGGCUUGUUUGGGCCAUGGACU